GGUUAUUUUUAGGGCGGCUGAUGACGCUUGUGACUGUAAAAUACUACUAAAAUUACUCACUGAAUAAGAGUGGAACAUCAGCGUCCCUGCAUGGGAAACUAAUUCCCUAUAUCUAAGGAUUUUUACCUGUGAGUUACAUCAUGGAAACAGCGGUGGGGAGCCGAGAAAUGGAGCGAGAGAAUCUCUCUCGGAUCAUAGCCGAAUGGAAUGCGAACAGGCUGGAUCUUUUCGAACUUAGCCAACCGAAUGAGGAUCUUGAAUUUCAUGGUGUAAUGCGUUAUUUCUUUCAAGACACCGGAUCUAAAGUAGCGACAAAAUGUAUCCGCGUAAGCAGUACAGCUACAACAAGCGAUGUUAUCGACAUACUUGUAGAGAAGUUUCGUCCCGAUAUGCGCAUGUUAACAGCAUCAACAUUUGCAAUGUACGAAGUACAUGCCAAUGGAGAGGAACGGAAACUGCCAUCAGAUGAGAGACCAUUAUUUGUACAGUUAAAUUGGAAUAAAGAUGACAGAGAAGGCAGAUUUUUAUUAAAAAGAGAAGAUGAAGUCACACCAGCAGGGUAUUUUGAAAGUGAAGAUUUGAUGCAAAAUUUCAAGAGGAAACUGACAAAGAAAGAAAAAAAGGAGAAGCGGAAAAAAGACCGAAAAGAAGCGCGGCAACGGGCAAGGGACAAUUCAGAAAACCAACCAAAUGACCCUAAUGCCAGUAUGUCGGAAAAACUCUACACAGAACUGCCGGAGUCUAGUUUUACACGGAGUAUAUCAAAUCCAGAAGCAGUUAUGAGGAGGAGACGUCAACAGAAAUUGGAGAAAAAGUUGGAAGAGUUUCGUGGAAAAGACGGUGGACUAGACUCGGGUGGUAUGCUUAAAGUUUAUGGUGAGACUUUAUUUCCCGAUGUGCCUUACAAAACUAUAUUGGUUGCCAUUGACGAUGAUGCUGGUUAUAUUGUGCAGGAAGCUUUGGAUAAAUAUGGCAGAGAUGAAGAAAAUGCAUCAGACUAUUGCCUUGUGAAGGUUGUUGUUCCCCCUGGUGCGAAUCCAAAUGAGUACGUUGUGACUGGUGGAUGGGGGAAGGAGACAAUUCUGGAUGAUGAUGAGCGGCCGUUACAUAUCAUAAUGAGAUAUCCAAGGAAUAAAGGAUCCCUGAUGUUUCAGUUGAAGAAACGACCAAUGGGAUAUCAGCCUAGGAAAAAGAAGAACAAGAAAAAUAAAAACAAAGCGCAGUCUCCAUCGAGUGACAGAAGUUGGCAAUAUGAUGACAUCACCCCUGUGCAACAAGACAAACUGCCGUAUUUAUUGGAGCUAAGUCCAGAUGGAAAUGAAGUUGUAGAGUACAGGCCACAGGUACAUCGUAUCCAACCUAACAUGACCGAGAUUGGAACAGAACGAAGCAGCAGUGGACAGUUCAUACAGUUGUUUUCUCCCAAUAUUCAUCCUCGUCACUGUGUGCUGACCAACAUGGAGGGCGCUGUGACAGUAACACCAGCCAAUGCAGACGCUGAAACUUUCAUUAAUAAUCAGAAGGUGUACGAAACCACAUUACUUCAUCACGGAUCAGUUUUACGCUUUGGUAAAAUGCACACAUAUCGGUUUUGUGAUCCACGAGCAGGUGAUAUGGAACAAAAAGGAAAGUUUGAUGACAUUUUACCAGCCAGCUUAGAGUUCAAAGAAACAGGUGAAGAUGCAUUCUUGGCGUCGAUAAUCAGUGAGGUGAAUGGAGCGGCAGUGCAUUUUAAACUUGCACCCACGUAUUCGUUGUACAUGGCGUGUCGCUAUCGACAGUCUCCAUACUCAUUACAGAUGAUCAGGACUCCUACUGAGCGUGCUCACAGAAUGACUGCAUUUGUGAACAAGAUGGCUGACAUGAUAGAGAGAACUAUUAUGGAAAAUCAAGAUGUUGCUGGUGCGUUGUCAUUCUGGAUGGCGAAUGCUUCUGAAUUUCUUCAUUUCCUGAAGCAGGACGUUGACCUUUCAUCGGUCACGAUAGAUGCACAAGACAUCGUAGCCGCUGCAAUACAGCAGGCAUUCAGGUAUCUUGUGAAAUGUAUGCAAGAAGAACUUGAGAUUUCAAUGGCAGCAUUUUUAGAUCCUCACGAAGAGGCUGACAAUACGGACCAUGACUCAAUUAUAGAUGACGAUAGGAGUAUGGAUAGUCAUCAGAGUUGGCGGAGUAAAGAGCGAAGUGGUCGAUGGUUGAUGCCGUCAGCGAGAACCAAACAUGGAGGACGGCCAACACUCGGUGAUGUAUUACACACGUUAUCAUCUGCUAUGACAUUACUGCGUCGCUGUCGAGUCAACGCAGCUCUCACCAUCCAGCUAUUUUCGCAGCUUUUCCACUUUGUGAAUAUGUGGCUAUUCAAUAAGAUAGUCUUAGAACCACGUCUAGGGCUAUGUACACAGGAAUGGGGUGCCAGAUUGAAAUCAAGGCUAACAAGGAUUGAGUCAUGGGCUGAAAAACAAGGCCUUGAGCUUGCUGCUGAUUGUCACUUGUCUCGGAUCAUACAGGCAGCACACUUGCUUCAGGCUCCCAAGAGCAGUGCCGAUGACAUUGCCUCUAUUAGCUCAACAUGUUUCAAGUUAAACUCACUGCAGCUACGAGCUCUGCUUGAGCAGUACCAGUCAGGAGGGGGCGAACCGCAUAUCCCACAUCAGCUGAUUGAUAGCGUUGUUGCAGUGGCGCAGAAUACAGCUGACGAACUGACUCGUAGUGAUGGCAGAGAUGUCAAACUAGAAGAGGAUCCUGAUCUUCAACUUCCAUUUCUGCUUCCAGAAGAUGGCUACUCAUGCGAUAUUGUUCGGGGUGUACCAAACGGUCUUCAGGAGUUUUUAGCACCCCUAGAAAGCACAGGUUUGUGUCGAUUAACAGUUUACUCUCCUGCUAAAGGAACAUGGACCGUGCAUUUUGCCGGUGGCAGUGGGGGCGGCGGUGGCGGUGAGAUUGUAAAAUCACCCCCUGGUGAUGCGUUUAGUCCUGAACAACAGCAACAGUCACCCCAACAACAGGGUAUUCCAUAUGACACUAACAUUCCACCUGGUGAUCCAGAAAACUAUUCUGUAAAGUUUGUGAAGGGGAACACCGGGAUGGGUCUGAGUAUUGUAGCAGCCAAGGGUGUGAAUCAAAACCAUUUGGGUAUCUAUAUCAAAUCGGUCGUACCAGGAGGUUCAGCAAGUCAUGAUGGCCGCCUUCGCGCUGGAGACCAGCUACUGAAAGUCAAUGGAAAUAGUUUGAUAGGGGUGACACAAGAAAGAGCUGCUGAGUUUAUGAUGAAAAGUGGACCCCAUGUGACUCUUGAAGUUGCUAAACAAGGUGCUAUUUUCCACGGUCUUGCAACGCUUCUGAGUCAGCCUUCUCCCAUCAUGCAACGGGCAAUGCCACCUCGACAGUAUAGUGGAAGUAUUGGUAAUAGACCGCGGCCGAAAAGUGAAGAUGUUUUGGGGUCAAUGCGUUCACAAAAUGAUCCUCGAUGGACAUAUGAGCAUGGUCAACGCGACAGGCUAACACCACACAGAGAGGCAGAGGAUAUUCCACGUGGAGGAUAUCAUAUGCAGAGCAAAGAAGUGGAUAAAGCAAAAUCUUCACCCAAUCUUUUAAACGACACUGCAAGUGGGCCAGAUAGAAUGCGAGGAGCUUCCACAAGUGAUCUGUAUGAGAAGUAUAAACAGGAUCCUUACCGCACACUGCCCAGAGAUAAGAGUAAACAUUCGUCUACUUCCAACCUUCAGCCCCAACAAGUGAGGCCCGGAAUCCAGCAACCUCCUCCUCCUUCUGACACUGCCAUGCGAUCAAAGUCAACUUCUAACUUAGACUCCGGCCCUUAUGAAAGGAAUGAUAGAUCCGUACGACCGGCCCAGUCUAGUAUCAACGUGAGAGGUUAUGGGCCGCCAUAUCAAGACAGACAACAGUCUCCAUCUCUGACUCGUCAAGGUCAAAAACCUGCUACUCCGGAAGUUCAAAGAUAUCAGCCAUCGCCUCGGCAGACUGGACCUCCACCACAACGGUAUGGACUUAGGCCAACUGCUGCAUAUAGUGACAAUCAACCAAGUUCUAAACCACAGACUCCACAAUCUGUGAGUUCUGUAGGUUCAAGAUCUUACAGGGAACCUGAGAGAGAGCAGCCACUGCAUCAAAAGCCUUAUCAAAGUCCUAUUGAUACCUAUCGACCUCCUGUUCAUCAACCAGCAGAACAGACUCAACCACCUCAAAGGACCUACACUCCACAACGGGAAGACCCUCCUCCACCUCAGAGGGGGUUCCCUCCACAGCGCAAGGAGCCGCCACCAGCUCAAAGGGGCUACACAUCACAGCGAGAGGAGCCCCCACCACCGCAGCAGUCGACCUUUAGACCAACAGACAUCUAUGCAAAACCUAUUCGUCCUCAAACGCAGAAGCUGUCCGCCCAACAACAGCAGCAGUCUCCGCCCAAUCAACAACCGCCCCAAUACAAGGAUGUCAGAUCACAGUAUAAACAAGAUGUCUACUCUUCUUCUGACCCACUGCCACCUCCACCACCAGUAACAAGUUAUGACAAUGUUCCUUCAGAUUUUCCUCCACCCCCACCUGACCUGCCACCACCAGAUGAUGAUGGUAGAAACUACUCUCAACCACCACCACCACCUACUCAAAUGGAGAUACAACAGCACCAGCCCCCUCCUCCCCGAUUGGCAUCUGCUACACUAGAACGGGAUCAGAGAAAGAAAGAAUUGUUGGAAAAUCAGAAGCGAUGGCAUGAUGAACAGAAAGCCCGUAUUCACGAAGAGAAUAAAGUCAGGAUGCGAGAAAAGCAGCGUCCUGCAGAUAUACCACGUGCACAUUACGGCACAGUUCCUGGAGCUGACCCUCAGCGGAAUAGAUACUCUGAAUAUAUUGUCCAGCAAAAUGAAAAACCAGCUCAAAGCCCGAAUAGAGCAUCUGCAUAUGGUGAUCUUCCAGUCAGGCAGCCUCCACCUAUUAAAGAGAAACCAAAGCCUGUCCCAGCUCCGAAACCCAAAGGGUUUAACACCCAGACUGCUGCUCCUAAGGUUGCUGUAACUUCCCCUGGUGGAUCAAAAACCCCAGUUGCUGCAGACCAAGCAAGGUUUAGGUAUGAAUCGUCUAGUGACUACAAAUCACCUGUUCAAACAUUGAAGAAAGAGUCAUCCAGUAGUCCAGUUCCUCCCAGUUCACCUUCACCAUGGGAGCGAGAAAAGAAGGAAAAAGAAAAGGCGGCCAGGGAGAUGGAGAUGAGAAGAAUGAUAGAUGGGGAGAUUGAACACUUAGAACAUAUUCCAGAUCGCACACCCGACCAGGAAGAGAGGCUUAAGACCUUGAAGAUGGAGCAGCAGUUUCAGCAACGUGUAUUGGAAAUGAAAGCAAAGCAAAAUGACGAUGAUGAUGAUGAUUCAGAUAAGGACAUUAAAGACACUGCAUUAGGGAGAGGCAGAUUACUGCAAAUGGUUCAGCAGGAUUUGGAACAUGCUCGGCAAAGGAUUGAAGACAAUGACAACCAGAGGGUGUAUUAUGAAGAGGAACAAGAGAGGGAGAGGUAUGAGAGGCAAGAAAGGAGGUUACAACAGCUGCAGCAGGAGAGGGAAGAUCAGAAGAUGAGACUCCAGCAGAGGCAGGAUCGUAGGGAUAAAGAGCAAGAAGCAUGGUUGCGAAAACAAAAUGAAAUGAGAGAACAGCUUAGGAGAGAAGCUGAAGAAAGCCAAAGAUUGAAGAAGCUUGAAGAAGAAAGGCAGGAACAACAACGUGUUAUGGAAGAAAUGAGACAGAAGAGAGAAGCUGAGCAAGCAGCACUGCGCGAGAUUGAGGCAAGGAGGGAAGCUGAAGAAAGGCAAAUCAGGCAAAAAGAGGAAGAAAUGCGAGCAAGGCAUGAACAGCAACAACGAGAACAUGUAGAACGAGAGAGGCGGUUAGAAGAAGAACGGCGGAGGCUUGAGAGUCAACUGCAAGGACCAAAAGAUCCUAAUGUCUAUUAUGCGAAACCGUAUCAACCAUACAAAGGAGAUGAAGAUGAUGUGUUGCAGGCUACUGUGAACUCUUAUCAUGUUCCAGCACCAGAAAGAUCACACAUCGGUUCCUCGCAAGGUCCAAGUAUAGCUGUUCCACCCCCACCACAGAGAACGUCUUCCUAUGGCACACUGGAGAGGAAUCCAUACAAGCCUGAACUUGCAUAUGCAUCACCGUCUGGUGCAAAGAAAGUGUCCUUCCAUGACACUGCACAAUCAUAUGGUGAUUCAGACUAUACUGGUUCAAUGUACCGGACAUCCAGUACAAGUAGUGGAGGAUCUCUCCCCUCGCCGCCAUCAUCUAAUUACGAACAGGAGUACAACACACCAAGUAAUUCUAAGAAUCAUCAGACUUACACAACCGCCCCAACUCCAGGAGUCAUCGGAACUCAAGAAAUAUACAAUGACCCAAGAGCACGUAUUCAAGCAGCAAAAGAUCAGAAAAAUCCUCGUCAUCCUGAACCCCAACGCAUGUCUUUCAGAGACAAAAUGAAAAUGUUUGCUGAUGAAAUAGGCGAUCAGAGUCCGCUUGAGAAACCCAAAUCAUCAAAAUGGGAACUAGAAUUUAUGCAGCAGCAUAAUAAAAGUUUGAAUGGAACAUGAUACAAUGUGUUCAUUGUGACAUUUGUACAGAUUAUAUCUCCUUUUUUUCGUGAGAUUCUUUUUGAAUAAGUUGGAAGACGAGUAUUUUUGUGAGAAAUGAUUAACGUUGGAUCUGAAGUUGUCUUUGUGAGACACUGACACACAGCAGUGAUGACUUUUGUCAUGUACAGUUUUCUUAGCGGGUGUUUCAGCUAGUGGAAUUGUUGCUGUGAUAUUUACACAUGGUACAGGGCUCCCGUAGUAUGUAGAACUGAUGUUUUCUAGUUGUCUAUGAACUGUGUGAUGGAACAUGGACUCUGUCACAAACAAACGUCGUGAUCUGUACAUAUGGGUAGAGUUGCCAAUAGUGAUGUUGAAGUUUGAAACUAUGAAAUUACUGUUGUAAAAAAAAGUUCGCUGAACCAGACUCAUCUGAGACGUUUUAUUCAGCCCCUGUAUCUUAUAUAUAAAUAUGCACACUUGAAUCAUACCCCCUAAGUUGUUGUAAGAUUCAAACCCCUUAAUGUUGAUACUCACUCGGAUUCAAACUUCCCAAGUAGAUGUUAGAAAUUGAGUCCGAAGGAGAAUAUCAGGACAAUUAUGAAGCAAAGGCUAAUUUUAGUUUUAGAAUUUAUCUUUAAUAUUAAUCCCUUAACCAGGUGUAUGUAUAUGAAUUAUAAACAACUUUUUGAAGCAUUAAUUUUUAUGGUUAAUUCUCAGCAUUUGUUGAAUUCUUUUUUUUUUUUUUUAGUUGUACUUCCUUGGUUGUCUCCUUGCUUCGCAGUCAAUAAGUUAUUUUAAUACGCACACAAAAUGUUAUGUAAUUAUUGCAUUAGUUCAGAUUAUCAUGUUAUUAUUGCAGUAAUGGUGGGCACUUAUUUUUUAGGUUAAUUGAAAUCAAGAUUAUCUGUUUUUGCAGUUCCAUUUAUUGGCUGGUACAUUGCUGAGCCCCUUUGAAAAAAAUUUUGAAUAUUUGGUUUUUUUGUAUGGUAAGUGAUGAAUUCAUCAGGGCAUGUCUUACCAUUCACGUUUGUGGGUUGUGAAGAAGAAAAAAAAUACAUUGAAUCAGGCCAAUAAUACAAAAUUGAAUUAUUGCAGUUGCGGUACACUGAAGCAUCGACAGCUGCCUUUCUAUUUUUAUAUAAGGAUUGGUUUUUACGGAUAGUUUUUAGUGCUUUUAUGACAAAAAUAAUGAAUGCAUCCUGCGUCCAAUAUCUCCGUUUCCCAGGAGGUAUUUGUGGUGCCGUUUCAGAAGGAAAUUAUGGAGUGCCCUCUAUUGGUGGCGCUGGGUGUUGCCUUUGUUUAGGUCUUUAUUACCAUCGUUUGUAUAGUAUUUUCAUGUAUGAAUAUUAACUCAAAUGCUAUUGUAUGUUUUUUUUCUGAAUUAUAAUUGACAAGUUGAAUUCAGUGUAAAAUAAAAUGCACUUCAAAU